AUGCGCCGCUCUGGACGCAGUGUCAGCCGGACGGGCUGUGCGACGUGUCGGCGGCGGAAAGUCCGGUGCGACGAAGGCCGCGGUGUCUGCGGCAACUGCACGCGCCUGGGCAUUGCCUGUGAAUGGUACCCGGCCGGCGAGAUUGCGCACCGGUCGCGGGUGAACACGGCCUGUGAGAGGUGUCGACGAGUCAAGAUCCGCUGCACCUCCUCAGCGUCGUCCACUGGACCUUGUGCACCAUGCCAGCGGGCCAUGGUCGACUGCAUCAACACCAACCAGGGCAUUGGACGGGGAAGUCCGGCUUGGAGCGGCAAGGCACCCGUCGACGCUGCGGACAUGAACUCGCCAGCAUCCAUACGGUCGACCGCGUCGGCUUCCCGAGCCAAACCCGGCGCGCGGCCACUGGCCCCGUCGCAAGCACACAGCGCAUCCCACACAUCCCACACAUCCCACGCACCCAUGCCUGCACCGCAACGGCCACUGGGCACGUUUGGCACCAACAGCAGCCAUCUUCUGCCCGACGUCGCGGAGCAGCGCCGCCUGAUCAAUGCCUACUUUGACGGCCCGCACUACUUUUGCUUUUACUCCUUCAUCCACCCGCCGACGCUGAUGCAGCUGUUUGACAGUCGCCUGGUGCCCGACUUUUUGCUCCUCGUCAUCCUGGCCACUGCUCUCCGCUUCCUCGACCCGCACGACCGACGGGCCGACGCCUGGGCCGACGAGUGCCGUCGCCUGGUGAUGCUCGAACUCUUCUCGCCGCCGUCGACGACCACGCUGCAGGCGCUGCUGCUGCUCCAGCGGUUCGAGUGGCACCGGGCCAGCCACGUGGCGGCUUGGUUUUUGUCCGGGCUGGCGGUGCGGCUGGCGCAUGGCCUGCAGCUGAACCUGGAGAUUGCACAGGCGGCGCCGAGCCAGAGCCAGGGCCAGGGCCUAGGCCAGAGGAUCCCGGUGACGGUGCGCGAGGCGCGGCGGCGGCUGAUCUGGAGCUGUUUUGUCAUGGAGAGCCUGAUUGAGAACGGGCGCCGGCCGCUGGCCAGCCUGGACGCCGGCGCCAUCGAGGUGCGGCUGCCGUGCAACGAGCAGGCCUUUCAGCUGGGCCUGGAGACGGACAUGCCGACGCUGCGCAGCAGCUUGGCCGCGCAGGAAAAGCCGUCGCCGGCGCCACCGUCACAUACACCGGCACCGACACCAACCACGUCUAUGGUCGAGUCGCGCCUCGGCAUCUCGACGUUUCUGGUGCAGCUGGCGGCGAUGCGGCGGGCCAUCCUGGACUACACGAUGCCGUACCAUCCGCGCAACAAGCAGCACGUGGUGGAGGCCAUGGCGGCCACGACGACAACGGCGUCGCUGCCGUCGGUCGCCGCGUCGCGCACGCCACCCACGUCAUCGCCGCCGUCGGCCCCACCACACGGCGUGCCCUGGACGGAGGGCUCGCUCUUCUUUGCCUACAAAGACCAGCUGAACCGUUGGCAGGAACGGCUGCCGCCGGAGAUGCGGUUCACGGCGGAGAUGCUGUACCGGCGCCGGUCGUCGCAGCUGGUCAGUUUUGUGACGCUCCACUGCCUGUACCACGGCUGCUACUGCGACCUGUACCGCAUCGGAUCGUACGUGCGCUCGCUGCACCGGCUGUCGUCGUCCUCGUCCUCGUCGGCGUCCACGUCCCCACCCGCCGACUUUUUGGCCGACUGCCGCCGGGGGCGCGUGCAGCAUGCGCUGGCCAUCUGCCGCGUCAUCCAGGAGAGCAUGCGGCACCAGCCGACGGGCCACGACCCGGUGGUGGGGAUCAGCGCGUCGCUGGCGCUGCGCGUGCUGGUGAUUGAGCGGCAGCGCGACGAGGACGCGCUGCUCGGCGUGACGGCGCCGCUGCUCGACCAGUAUCUGGCGGCCGCCGUGGCGUGCGGGACAGAAAUUGCACAGCGGUCGGUGCCGAUUCGCGACUUGUUCUACUCGGUGUGCGCGCUGGCGAAGCAGCACGGCUACGACGUGGGCGUUGUGGACACGGGGGCGGCGGAGAAGGCGACGGCCGUCGACGAUGCAGACGCCACAAGCGGACACAGACACGCCGACCGCGCCGCCUCGCCCAGUCUCCGCACCUAUGGCACGUUUGGCCGCAUCCAGAGUGCCCUGGCCUGCCGCAGAGACGUGCUGGCGCCGGCCGCGUCGACGGCCACCGACAAAGAGAGCGAUCUCUUCCAGCACUACGGAGACGGUGCGCGGGACGGCGACGACCAGCCGUCCUCCCCUGUGCUGCCCGCCCUCUCGACGAUCCGGUCGCCUGUUCUGGCGGCACCGACGGCCGCUCUGCCGACAGAAAGCACAGACGAGUGGCGCCUGGAUGGUCCGUGGCAGACGGCACAGCCGACAGUACAGCCGACGGUACAGCCGCCAGUACAGCCGCCACCGCAACCAUACUAUCCCUACGAAACGUACAGCCCCAACGAGAUGGGCGUGGCGUCUGCGUGGGGCGACGGAACGCUCAACUUUUCCAUGACGCCGACGCAGUUUGACUGGAUCAACCAGAGCUUGGGGUUUGACUUUAACGGGAGUGUUUUUGGAAAUCUGUAG